GCGCGUCCUCCUCGGAGCCGCGGUUGGAGUACGGCGUCUGGAGUUGCAGGAUCAAAAAUGUCAGUACUCACUUCUCCAAGAGGAAAGGUGGAGGUGGUUCACUGCCGAAGAACAGAGUCACAGGAUAUUUAUUGCAUCAAAAACCUCAUUAGAAAAUUUACCCAGAAGCUGUUUGGGAGUCUUAAUAUCAUCUCUCUUCUGGAGAAGGCAAACCUUGCCAUCACCCUCCACAAUGACCAGGAGGAGAUCAUGGCCCAGGCCAUCUUCGUAGACUAUCCCAACUGGAAUGUCGCCCCACAGGACGACUGGGUGUCCGUGUUCCGGGAGCUGGACAGUGAAAUCCCAUGCACACCUCUGAACACGUUGUUCAUGCACCUCUUUGUGGCCGUGGACGAGUAUUCUGUCGGCUGCUGCAAAGAGAUUAUUCGGACCGUGUUCAAGGCGGUGCCAGACCUGCACUUCAUAUUCCUCAUUGUGCCGUCCUACAUGAGCCUCGGCUCGACUCUCAUAACUGUGUUCGACCAAGUGGGGAACAUUCCAAGCCUGACAUAUGAUGAGGACUUUGCCGUGCACAUAUGUCACAGGCACAGCCACUACCCUCAGCUACACAUCCGCAAAGCCAGGGUGGAAGAUCACGACGACCUCGUGCCAAUAUUCCUGCACCAUGACACCAUCCUGAAGGAGACUUAUGGCGAAUACUUCCUGGCUGAACUCAUAGAGGCCCAAGAUGAAGAGAAUCAUGCCAUCGUGUGUGAGGUGGAAGGUGUAGCCGUCGGGUUCAUGAGCGUGUGCUCGAGAGUGAACAUGCAGCUCCUGCAUGAGUGCUUUGACUUGGGGCCCUUCCACGGACUCUGCACCCCGCAUCCCGAUGACGUCCUGGAGCCACCCCAAGAGCUAAGCGUUCAAGGAAGUUCAGGCGCCGAGCUCAGGAGCAGCAGCCAGGAAUGCCAGCAAAUAGUCAAGGAGCCGCAGGAAGCUGUCACCCCGGAGACCGAGGAGAGCAUCCAGAGAAAAAGCACAGAAGAAGCCGCAACGGAGGAAGCUUUAUCACCAGUCCAAAGUGGAAAUGCUAGUGAAGCGGAGGACACAGAAAAACUCAGUCAGGAGUACAGUGUGGAUUACACGGAUUACUGCAUCAGCAACACGAGCUCAGUAUCCAUCUCUCUGCCCGAAGAGACGAGCAACUUCCGCCCCAUCUACAAGGGCGCCUCCACUGCCUUCUGCAUCCAGCUGUUUUGUAUUGACGAGAAGUACGAAGCAAGGUCACUGGACUUCAUGAAUUUUGUUUUCAGUCUUUUUCCUGACAAGAACUUCUGCAUCAUUUCUCUGCCACAUCUCACCCCUGAGUUUGCCCUCAUACAGAACUUCGUGAAGAUUGUCCCCUUCAACAACUGCACCCUGGACCAGGACCUCUGCGUCUUCCAUCGGGCAGGAUUGCUCAAGACCAUUAAAAUAAGAUUAGCCACUCUCUCGGAUACUCCUGGUGUUGAAAAUCUUGUCAGCACCCUCAUGCUGAGUAAAAGCAUAUUGGAAGAUUUACAGCAGUACAACGAGGCUCGCAGGGACCCUGAUGGAACACCACUGAAGGCAUUUGUAGCCGAAGUUGCAGAACAAGUAGUUGGCAUUGCAGUGAUCAGAGAUGAAAUGGAUAUAGAGUACAUACGAUCCCACUACAAUAUUGAAGACUUCAUAUACUUUAGUCACCACCAGCGCGAAGAGCAUGGCCACCUGUAUCACUUUGCCCUGAACCCCAUUUUUCAGCACUACACCAAGUUUUUUCUGAAGGAGAUCCUCCGUUUAGGAUAUAAGUCCUGUCUCUACUACCCUGUUUACCCGCGAGCCAAGGAAGGCAAGUUUCAGAGCUCCAGUGCCCACUCGCUGACGUCCGCCCUCCACUGCUUGGUUCCCGUGCGGCCCCGACGACAGAUUGUCUAUCCCCUGGAAAAGCUUGGCAUCAACGCCCCAUCAAAGGAGGUCUCCAGGGACGCGUUGAGUUAUGCCUUGAACCAUAUAAACAGAAAACUAACGUUGGAACCUAAAAUAACUGUCAAUGCCAAGAUUGUUGUGGUUGGUGCGUCCAAUGUUGGAAUUUCCUUCCUAGAGACACUGAUAUUUUGCUCUCACCUGAAGUUCAGUAAUCUCACCCUGAUUUCAACCCACGGACUCCCAGGAAAAAACCUUCUGGGCACUGAACAAAGGAAGUUUUUAGCAAGCGACCACUGUUAUAAUGACAAAGAUCACGCGUUGAUGUCGCUGUGCUCCUGGGUCAACGUGGUGGUUGGUAAAAUGACGGCCAUAGACCGAGCAGCUAAGCAGGUCAUUGUUUCCAGAGAAGAAGUCGUGCUCUACGACCACCUUGUCCUCUGCACCGGGCAGCAGUACCAGGUCCCACGCCCUACAGGGGCCGACAUUAGUCAACACCCGACAAACAGAGAAGUUCCGAACAGCGGUCUGCAGCAGUACACGGGCCCGGUUCCCUGCAAUCAUUUCACCCUCAACGACGAAGAAGAUUGCUUGAAGGCCCUGACUUGGAUCAGGAACAACUCCAUUGCUGCAGAAGGGAAUGUCAUCAUCUAUGGGAACACAAUUGACACAUACACCACGGUGGAGACGCUCUUGAACUUGGGUGUGAGGGGCUCCUACAUCCACCUGGUGCAGCACCCACCCACCUCCAUCGUCACCUGCAUCAACAACUACGCAGUGGAGGGCGCAGUGGAGGAUGCGCUCCGAGCCGCGGGGGUGACCGUCUACCGGGAUGCGGUCCUAGCUCAGUGGAACGAUGGCCUGAACCCAGACCCCAUCCACAGCGCCAGCUUCACCACACCCACCAAGCCCUUCCAGCUCCCUUGCUCCAUGUUCUUCAGCUUCUGUGAGAAGAACGUGGAUUACGAAACAUUCAGAGCCUUCAACGACGCGUGCCUUGUCUACGACGGCCGCCUUGUGAUAGACACCAACUUCCACACCAAUGACAUAGCCAUCAGAGCUGCCGGCUCCCUCACCAAGUUCUCCAACAGGUAUUACUCGAAUGAGUGGACUCACAGCAACUUCAAUUCCAAGGAAGUUGGCUUCCAGCUGGCAGCCGUGAUGCUCAACCUCUUUGACCCGACCCUCGAGCCUGUGACUGAGCCGCCGGCUGACCUUGACCGCCUCAUCCCCAUGUACAGGGGAGCCAAGAUCAAAGGAGGCAUCCUCCCUGGGUCGUACCAUUAUCUGCAUAUCGCCAAGCCUGCCAUCCCAACCCUAUUGGAGGUACAAAUGGCCCAGUCUGAUUUUGGUUCAGAAAUAGUAACAGGUAAUGUGAAGAACGGGACUUACUUCCGAAUCCACACCAACAAGUACAAGAUGGUGGAAACCAUCACGUGCCUUUCCAAAGUGCCUUUCCCUGCCUCCAACUACAUCCGCCUGUUCGGCCAGCACGAGCAAGUCCUCAACAACCUGUGCGCUCGAUACAAGGACGGGCUGGUCCCAGACCUCUACAGCUACUUCAUGGAGCCAUGGUGCAUGGCCCUCUUUCACGAUCGGUUUAUUGAUCUCCGGAAAGAGUUACGCCAGAUCUUAUCCUCCAAGGAGGAGGAAAACCUUCCUUCCAUAGAAGAAUUAGCCCGUCGGAUCGAAGAUGAGGGCAUUAACCUGCCCGAGAAGCCCAGGAAUUACCUCAGAAGAGUUUUCCAGGAAACCAUCUACAGGCCUCUGGUGGAGAAGAGCAUCCUUGACUAUCUGCGCUAUAAUCAUUACCACCUGCCCAUGUACGCGUGGCAGGGCAUCGUUUAGCGGUGGCCACGGCCUCCACUUGAUUGCUUCCACUCGUAUCGUUCCGGGAAGUGCUCCGCAGAAGCAGGAAACCUCUCUGAAGCCUGGCUGGACCGCCAGGCACCGUCGUGGUUCCCUCCUUUCUUUUCCGUGUCCACCGAUGCCUGUGGUUUCCUAUCGUCCCAGUAGGUGGCGCACGGCGGUGCGUCUGGAUUCUGGGGCAGGGAGACGCUUUACCAACACCAGGCGUGUUCCUGGGCAGAAUAACCCAUUUUAGCAAUAAAAUGAGACCGUACUGUGUAAAA